AAAAAUACUAAAACAUAUCUAUUAUAUUUAAUUAAUAUUAUAAAUUUUAAAAUAAAAAUAUUUUCUAAGAUUUUAAAAAUUUGAAACUAUAACUUUCUAAAUAUAAUUUUCAUAUUUAUUAUAAUAUUAUGAUUUUUGAUAUCUUUAGAUAAAGAAUGUUUAUUAUCGGAACAAUUUUUUUGUCUUCUAACCUAUACAAACUAAAAAUAGGGUUAUAAAGGCAGCAUAUAUAGUUAUUUCUGGGGAGCAUAUAUCCACAUUAAUCUUACUAAUAUGCUGAUAAAAAUUCCUCUUACCAACUUUACUAACACAUAAAUCUCUUCCGUAAGCUAUACUAAUCCAAAACACUAUACAUAUGGCGGAACCACAAACAUUUUGUAUCGGGUCAGAAUUUUUUUAUGAGGUCCAAAUUUAUUUUUAUGGGAUCAAUAGAAUUUUUUUUACAAAAAAAAUAUUUUUUUUAAAUAGUGGGGAUCAGCUAAACCCACUCUCCAUAUGUUGCCUCCGCCCUUCAAGAUAAAUUUCUCAACUAAAACACAAAAAUUUACAGUAUUAUUGUAUUUUAUUUCCUAAAUAUUUUAGCCAUUGAAAUAUAUAAUUAUGUUUUAGCUUCAUUUAACUACUCUGGGAGAUGGUCUAUCCGUAAACCAUACCUCUUUUUAGAGAUUAAUCUAGAACUUUCUAUAAGUAUGGGAUAUCCUCAGAUCGAUCAAAAACAAUAAAACACGUUUGAUUUUCUUUAAUCAACAGAAAAGUAAACAAAAAUUAGAAGGAGUAGAUAUAAGAAAAUAGGAAAGAAAGAAAAGAUAUGGUCAAAUAAAAUGCGUCAUUUUAUUUAUUUUAAUAAAAUACCUAUUACUAUGAUAUUGUGUAUAAACUUAAAGUAUUAAUUUUAAAAGAAAUAAAUAAAAUUGAUUUUACUUAAUUUUAGUUUAAGUAUUUAAAUAAUGAUAUGAAAAUAUAUCAUAAUAAUUUCAAAUAUUCAGAUCUAAAAGUGUAUUAAAUUUACAUAUAUACAAAAGUGUAGUUUUUUUAAAGUUCAAAUAAAGAUGCAGCUUUCAAUAAAAUCUCAUAUAAUUUUUAAACUUUUUUAUAAUCUAAAAUACACAAAAUACAUAGUCUUCCUCUAGAAUCACAUAUUUUCAGUGAAUAUUAUAAAAUAUUAAAUAAGAGACAUAUAAAAACAUACACAUGAUAUAAAUAACACAUAUAACGAAAAAAAUAUGUGAUGUUGAGAUUAAUAAUAUAUUUUAUAAUAAACUAAAUAUGUAAAAAUAUUUUUGAGAAUAACUUAGGUUUAAAACAUUCUUUAUUAAUUUCACAUUGUUCAAUAUCUCAUACAUAUUUUAGAUAGUAGAAGACAACAAAUUGUGAGUUUUACUCAUUUUAAUUCAAUUUAUUAUUUAUAUUUUAUAACAUAGAUGUAAUAUAUUGUAAUAUACAUAUAAAAUAUAUGUUAUUUGUAUAUAGUCCCGGGCGUAGCCCGGGCAAAAUGUCUAUUACUUUUAAAGACUGAAAGCAUAAUUUUCUUGUGACGUCUCUCAUUAAAAGUUUGGAAUAUCUUUUUUUUGUUUAAUUGAUAACUAAAAUUAAUAGAUCUAAUAGCAGUGAAUGAUUUGUAGGACAUAAAGCGGUGGACGCGGGUGAUAGAUGAACAGUGAAAGUAAAUUGUGUAAAGAGAAAACAUCACAGACGUUAGAAUUACAAAACCCUUUUUUAUUAUUACAAAAUGUAGAAAGUACUAGAGAUCUUGUUCUUUAGAAGAAAGUUGAAACUACAGUUCAUUGUUUUAUAGAAAUGUAUAAAAAUAUACCACCCCAAAUCACGAUCCAAAAUCGUGAAGUAUAUAGAGCCAAUCGGCCCAACAAGGAUUCAAACCCAAUUAAAAAGACCCUUUAUUCAUCAAGGUGAACUCAUCACGGUUAUGUACCUUGUGGUGGACGUAAAAAGAAUACAAAGUUCAACGACUUGAUUAUAUUGUUUUUAUUGCAUGCUUGGCAAGCUAAAGCAUGGAUGUUGAUUGGUACGCACGUUCAGACGUUUUCUUUAUUGCGGAGAUUAAGUCAAUGACUUGAUCAGAUCAAAUAAUGUGGUUGCUACUACCCCAAUUAUCUUCCACGUUUUCCUCUUCCUCUUUCGUCUACUAGAUUUCAAAGUGUCUAAGAGUUUAACUCGGAUAUGGCCUUGGGAUCUGCUGUUUCACAACCACGUCUCUCGAGUGCUUCACGGCGUCGCAAAAGAUCUAACCAGCAAAAUAUAGAAGAUUCAAAAGGUGGCAUCAAAUUUCUUGCGUGGGCUGCGAUAAUGGCAGCAGCUGUGACAUUUGUUAUGGGUUUCACAUGUACAAAGCUUUACAUCAGUUCUGCUCCAGGUCCAGGUUUGAUCAAGAAAGCAAUAUUCAUGGUUUUUCUGAUGUGCAACACCAUUUCACUGCUCAGUUCUGUUGUAGCACUAACACAUCUCAUUUGGGGACAACGCCAGAGUGAUUUUCAACUUAUACAGAAAGCUAUGCUACGAGCCAUGGCACUUGUCACAGUUGCUUUUGUGUCUAUUUUGGUUGCUUUUAUGGUUGGUGUUUGUCUUGUUUUGAUUCAUCUCCCAUGGCAAACCUAUUUUUAAUGUUUCCUAAUUGUAAGAUUUGUCCGACACAUCUUCUUCCACUUUGUUUCCGGAUGCUUUUUGGUUGAUGGCUUAAAAAUGCUGUGAUUAAAAAAGAAGGUAUUGUGACAACUAUAGGAAGUGUUUCAAAUGAAACAAGUUGAUAUUCAUGCUUAAGACAUCUCUUCUUCUGUAAGAUUAAAUCAAUAAACCUAAAGCAAUUGGUGAAGUUGGUGAAGAUAGUUAAUUUUCGUAAGCAACUGACACUGACAUGAUCAGCUUAUCUGUGGGUAAUUUAAAAUUUUGGGCCCUUAUCCCUAAAUUUUUUAAAAAAAUCAACCCCCUUUUAACAUUAUUUAUGCAAAAAAGGUUGGGCCCCGAUCGAAGCUCAAGCCCCUUGCCCCGUGUCUUAAGCCUGCCCUGAUUCCAGCCUUCGAUUGGUGAAACUAUUGUCCCAAUACAAAGAAGGUCAGAUGUCGUAUCCUGUGCAAGCAAAGCCGCAAUUGCCGGUAAACAAAAUCCCGCCUCCGGCCUCAAUAAUGGUAGUCUUCGGUUCCCAAUGGGUGGGCGCAUGAACGUGUAACGCCCCGACCAUCCACGGCUAAUGGACCGUCCACGGUCGCUCUCUCGGUCGGUGGGUCCUAUCAUGUUUCAACGGUCGGUAGGUUAAUUUUUCCAAAGGCUCGAAAUCAUUGUUUAUUGACCAUGCAAUCACCCCGACCUUUUCUCGUGCUUUGGUUUCACUCACAUGGUAUCGCGAAUCACUUUUUGAUACGUCACCCAUCCUUUCACUACUCCAGCCCAAGCACGCUUAACCCUGGAGUUCUAAACAAAAAUGUGACGGAAAAGGUAAGUCAACUUUGGUGAUAUAGGUAUCCAAAUCAAUUUUCUUAAGCAUUUUCCAUAUAUCACAACUCAUGAUGUUACAAAACCAAUCUUCAAGGAACCUAUUCCAUGCUGCUGAACCGACAUAUCGUCUGGACGUCACAUCUCAAGUGAAAAUUCCCUCCAAAGUACUUAGACUAGGACCUCAGAAUAAGGAAGAUUGCGCCGUUAGACAAUUUCAUAGGUGUUCCAGUCCGUCUGGAGGUCUUAUUCAUGAUGUAUGAAUAGGUUAUGGGGUCGGGAAUGUAGAAUCACCCAUCAGAAGCUAGGAUACUCGUUGUUUAUGUUUCACAUUCCUCAUGAAAACACUCAUUAAUAGGCUAUACGAAGUAGGGCUGGGCACAAAUACUCGUUACUUGACCCGUAUUCGUCUCGAUUUUCAAGUACUAGUCGUUGUCAAGUCAAGUAUCAAGUCGUUGAGUUUUGCUACUUGCAAAUAUAAGGCAAGUAACAAAUAUCACAAAAAAUUAACAACUCACCUUGAUAUUACUCGUUGCUUGUUUUACGACUGAAAAAAUGAUAACUAAACCAUAAAAACCAAAGCCCUAAAAAUAUAUUUCUUUGUUGUAAGAAACAAACAAUACAUUCAUAUCGAAAUAUAUGUAUUUUGUUCCUUCUUUUUUUUAUAUAUAUUAGAUGUAAAUAUUUUAUUUGAAGUAACUCUCGUGGUUUUACCAAGUCGAGUAAACAAAAGAAACUUUCAUUACCUUCUCUGAUAGAAUAUUAUCUACCAAGUAAUUUUUAGAAACUUGAAAAUGUAUCCUAAUAAUUCAUAAAUACUUGUAAGUAGUAAGUAAUUGAACGCGG